AUGAAGGCCCUCAAAAUAGAAGUAGCUUUGGCUUAUUUAGUGACUUCAACUUUUGUACGUCAGGUUAAAAAACCAGAGCAGCCAGUUCGAAUUGUUGCAAAGUUCAAGCGAUGGGAGAGAAAAGAGUGUAAACCAAACAGCCUACCAGUCAUACACAAGAUGCAUGUUAAACAAGGGGACACUGUAAAAGUUAUAUCUGGAAGAGACAAAGGUAAAAUUGGUGAGGUUACCAGCGUUAUCAAGCAUAACAGUACCGUAGUCAUAAAAGAUAUUAACUUGAAAAUCAAGCAUGUCAAGAGCAAGGAACAGGGAGAACAAGGGCAAAUCAUCAAGAUAGAAGCACCUGUUCACAGUUCAAACGUGAUGCUUUACUCUAAGGAGCAGAAUGUGGCGAGCAGAGUUGGUCACAAAACCCUGGAAAAUGGUAAAAGAGUUCGGUACCUCAUAAAAACCGGCGAAAUCAUUGACAGUGCUGAAAAUUGGAAGAGAGCGGUGAAAGAGAAAGAAAAAUCAACUGAAUUAGCUGCUGCCUCGUAA